AUGUUCAUGUUGUUGAGGAGGCUGUCCAAAAGAAAAUGUUCAAAUCCAUGUCUACCCCCAGGGCCAUGGAAACUUCCUAUCAUAGGAAAUAUCCAUCAUCUUGGGAGCUGUCUUCCACAUCAGCGACUGAGAGAAUUGGCCUUGGCCGAGACAUAUGGACCUCUGAUGCACCUGCAGCUUGGAGAACUUUCUGUAAUGGUUGUUUCUUCACCUGAAACAACAAAGGAGGUUAUGAAAACUCAUGAUGUGAACUUUUCUGAUAGGCCUUACCUUUUUGCUUCAUUUGUGAUAUGUAAUGGUGCUACAAACCUUACUUUUGCUCCAUAUGGAGAUUACUGGAGACGGCUUCGCAAGAUUUGCUCCAUGGAGCUUUUGAGCCCAAUGCGGGUCCAGUCAUUUACGUCUACAAGGGAAGAAGAGGUCUCAAAGUUCAUCAAGUCUAUCAGUGAACAUGUAGGAUCUCCGAUCGAUCUUAGCCAAAGAAUAUUCUCAUUAACGUAUGGGAUCACUGCCAGGGUGGCGUUUGGUAAGAAAUGCAAACAUCAAGAAUCUUUCAUCGCACUUGUCAAGGAAGCUUCAGCUGCAGCUUCAGGAUUCAAUGUUUCAGACCUUUACCCUUCUUCUACCAUGCUUCCUUUGCUCACUGGAUUUAAGGCAAAACUUGAGAAAAUUCGUGGGAGGUUUGAGGAGAUAACCGGUAACAUCAUUGAAGAACACCAGGCUAAAAAGGGGGAAACUAUUGUGGGUGAUGUAGAUGAAGAUCUUGUGGACGUUCUUUUGAGAUAUCAGGAACAUGGUGAUGUUCAAACAUUUCCUUUGUCUAUUGCUAACAUCAAAGCAGUCAUCUUGGACAUCUUUAGUGGUGGGAGUGAAACAUCUUCUACAGCUGUAGAGUGGGCGAUGUCCGAAAUGCUGAAACACCCAAGAAUCUUGGAAAAGGCACAAACUGAGAUAAGGGAAGUUGUCACUAGAAGAGGGAGAGUUGAUGGGACGUGUAUUCAAGAACUUGUGUUCCUAAAACUGGUUAUUAAAGAAACUCUAAGACUACACCCUCCAGCCCCUCUGUUGCUUCCCAGAGAAAGCAGGGAGAGAUGCGAGAUCAAUGGUUAUGAGAUACCAGCCAAAACCAAAGUUAUUGUGAAUGCAUGGGCCAUUGGUCGAGACCCUAUUUGGUGGAAAGAUCCUGAGAGGAGAGUGUGCCCUGGAAUGUCAUUUGGAUUGGCAAAUGUGGAGCUUCCACUCAUCAAAUUGCUCUACCAUUUUGACUGGAAACUUCCUGAUGGAAUGACAAGUGAAGACCUUGAUAUGAAUGAAACGUCUGGUGUCACAGUUAGAAGAAAAGCAAACUUGAAUCUGAUACCAACUGCCUACCAUCCUGCGCCUGCAUAA